AAAAGGUACUUAGAAAUUGAGUAACUCUCCUUUUUAAUGAAUCUAGAAAUGUUCUGAAAGGAUCUUUACAUACAUACUCAUCCCUGAGUGCACUUCUUUAAGGAAAGAUUGCCACAUGUCCUUUUUUAUCUUAGGUAAGAUAAGUGGGGUAAUUUUUUAUUUUAUUUUCACACACGAUUUCUUAGGUGAUCGGAAGGACCAGAAGACUUUGGAAAAGCUUCGAGCGGAGAGGCAAGAAAAAAUUGAUGAACUCAAAGAGAAGACAAAUUACUACACUACCCAACAGCUUAUACAGAGGUAUGACCCUGACCCAGCAGCCAAGGCAGCCGCUGCAAGUGUACUUGCAUCCAAGUUGGGCGCAGAUUCAGGUCUGAAAGUAUACAUGGGGGAAGAGAAUAUGAUGGACGCCCCUACUGGAAAGAGCAAUGAUGUGGAAGUUGCAAGGACUACCGGACUUCGUAACAGGAAGGCAUCUACCUCCAAAUUUGAAGGCCCAGAGACUGCAUCUGGGUACCAUCCUGAGGAAGGCAUGCUUAAUCAAGUAGAGUUUGAGGGCGGCGUUGAUGAUUUUUCUCAGCAACAUCAAUUGGUUGUUGAACAUCAUCCUCAAACAGGUGGAAUUUCACAAGAUGGGGGAUGGUUUGCUCGAAUCGCAGCAUUACUUGUGGGAGAGGACCCCACACAAUCUUAUGCACUUAUAUGUGGAAACUGCCAUAUACAUAAUGGGCUUGCGAGGAAAGAGGAUUUUCCAUACAUAACUUACUAUUGUCCUCACUGCAAUGCAUUGAAUAGGCCUAAACAAGUGGAUGAAGGGGUUCCGGGUGGAUCAAAUUCCCCAACACCAACAAGCGUGGACAAUACUGGGGCUGUCAGCAGUGGUUCCGUUGUUGAUGCGGUUUCUGCUAGCAGUACUCCGGGUGAAACAACAUUGGAAGGCAGUUGAAAAUUUGUGUGAAUGUGGAUUUGAGAGGUUACAAGUUAUAUUUCGUGAUUGUUGUGAGUGUAAGAAGUGUCUUUGUAAAACAUAUCUUUCAACAUAAAAUUUCAUAUACAUUUGCUCAACAGCCAAUAUUUUCAACUCUUUUGUU